AUGCGGUCAGAGCUGUGUGGUGCGCAGCCCCUCCUGCUUCACACAGGAAGUGAAAUGUGGAACCGCAACUGAAUGACACCAGGUUAUCCAGCAUUUGCAGAUUGCAUCUGAUUGCUUUGAGCAGAGGACAUUUUUCUUAAGACAGAAGAAGGAAUGGCGGCUUACACAGUGUUUCUCUCCAUUGCUGCCUGUCUCCUGUUUGCUCAGUCAACAUCAGUAAGUAACGACGCUCCCUGCCAGCCUUCCAAGUGGAACAAUGGCUACAAAACCUUCAUCAGGCGACAUCUUCCCCCUGGGACUCCAACGUCUCUGGACCAGAACCAGUGGGAGACGUUCAUCAAGAGUCUGGGAGGCUGUGACAGACCCACGCAGUCCUUUCUCCACCCAGAUGAGCUGGAGAAGGUGCUAUCUGUGUGCACCAGCAGAGGAGGGAAGAUGCUGAAGGAGAACCUGUGCAUCAGUAAGCAGCCGUUUACUUUUGUCACGGUGAGGAGCACCCAGGGAACCUGUGGGAUCAGAAGCAUCAACAAGGAGACCAAACACCUGAUCCUGGCCUGCGAGGUGUUGGAGAAUCAGUGCGUCCCGGUCCACUUUGAGGGAAACCCCACGGAUCUAAAGCCCAAUAACAACGCCAGAGACUGCCAGGACCCUCAGACCAGGAGCGAUGCUUCCAUCUUUAAAAUGACACCACUCUGGUUGUUUGGUUUUGUAUUUAUAUUUUAUGGAUUUUGAAUUCAAAACAUCAUUGGAAGAAGUAGAUAAGACUGACAUUUUUAAUCAGAUGGCAAUUUUAAUUUCAGUGGUUUCUGAUUUUUAAACUGUUUUACAGCAGAAUCACAUAUGCCAAAUGUAUUUCUAUGGAUUUGAUCAAAAGUCUCCUCAGGUAUUUGCAUGUGUUUUUAGUCCAGUUUUGAGCUUAAUUUUGCUAUAAUCCUUUAUCUUAAUUAUGUUUAAGGCAGAACAGCCAUUUAAAGCAGCAAAGCCCCAAACAGAUGAAGAAGGAUGGUUUGAGGAACAGUCAACCAAGCUCCAAACCACUCGUGUUUGUAGCUGCAUUUACUCUGUAACAACAAAUACAAUCCAUUAUACACAUAUUUGGAUUUUAUAGUAGUAUUACAUCAGAAUCAUGUCAGGCAAACGUAUUUUCAAAGCACUUUAAUUUGUCUUAGAUUUUAACAUUUCAUUUGAAACUAUAGACCCUCUGUGUAUUUGUAUGUGUUUUCAGUCCAUCUUUGAACUUCAUUUUUAUUUUAUUUUUCUGAGUAACAAUGCAUAAUGUCUUGCUGUAAAAGGGAUUUAAAUUGAAAUUACAUCUGGGCAAUUUUGAAAACACAUAAAGACCAUUUAAUAAAACUGUUUUGUUUUUUUUGA